AUGUCUACAGUCCAUGAUGAAGACCACUCUAUUUCAUCAUCUCAAUUUGAUGAUAUGGAUGAAAGUAAGAGCACAAUACCAGUGCCAUCAGAAUCUAGCACCGACGAGAAGCCAUUUCCAUUCUUCAGGCUGCUUUGCUAUGCUGAUGCAGUCGACUGGCUCCUCAUGGCCCUUGGAACCAUCGGGUCUGUCAUUCAUGGUAUGGCAUUCCCCGUUGGGUAUCUCCUUCUAGGGAAAGCACUUGACGCUUAUGGAACUAACAUAAAUGAUCAAGAGGGCAUGGUCCAUGCACUGUAUAAGGUGGUUCCCUUUGUGUGGUAUAUGGCAGCAGCUACUCUUCCUGCUGGAAUGGUCGAGAUCUCCUGCUGGAUAUACUCAAGUGAAAGACAGUUAGCACGCAUGCGGCUAGCGUUUCUGAGAUCAGUACUCAAUCAAGAGGUUGGGGCCUUUGACACUGACUUAACCACUGCAAAAAUUAUCACAGGAGUAACCAGCCACAUGAGUGUCAUACAAGAUGCAAUUGGUGAGAAGCUCGGUCAUUUCGUCACAAGCUUCUCCACUUUCUUUGCUGGUAUCAUAAUCGCAUUUGCCAGCUGCUGGGAAGUUGCAUUGCUCUCCUUUCUGGUCAUUCCUCUGAUCCUCGUCAUUGGAGCAUCAUACACAAAACACAUGAAUGGCAUAUCAUUAUCACGUAAUGUCAUAAUCUCGGAAGCAACAUCUAUUGUAGAGCAGACCUUGUCGCAUAUUAAGACUGUCUUCUCCUUUGUCGGGGAGAAAUGGGCCAUGAAAUCCUUUGUCCAGUGCAUGGAUAAUCAGUACAAACUAAGUAAGAAGGAGGCGGUGAUAAAGGGGAUAGGACUGGGAUUGUUCCAAGCUGUGACCUUCUGUUCAUGGGCACUGAUGGUUUGGAUUGGGGCAGUUGCAGUAACCAGACGAAAGGCAACAGGAGGUGGCACGAUAGCUGCCAUCAUGAGCAUCCUCUUUGGAGCAAUAUCAAUUACCUAUGCUGCACCGGACCUUCAGACCUUUAAUCAGGCAAAAGCUGCAGGAAAAGAAGUGUUCAAGGUUAUUGAAAGAAAGCCAUCCAUUAGUUAUGAGAAACAUGGAUCAGUACUAGGAAAGGUUCGAGGAGAAAUAAAAUUACGCAGGGUGCAUUUUGCCUAUCCAUCGCGCCAGGAUAAGCCAAUUCUCCAAGGAUUCUCGUUAUGCAUCCCUGCAGGCAAAGUUGUUGCACUGGUAGGAAGCAGCGGCUGUGGGAAGAGCACUGUGAUUUCACUACUCCAAAGGUUCUAUGAUCCAGCCUCAGGUGACAUAUUCAUUGACGGUCACAGUAUCAAGAAACUUGAUCUGGAAUCCCUCCGAAGAAACAUUGCUUCAGUUUCUCAGGAACCAUCACUAUUUUCGGGGACCAUCAAGGAUAACUUGAGGAUUGGUAAAAUGGAUGCAAGUGAUGAUGAGAUAUCCAAAGCAGCUAGAACAGCUAAUGUGCAUUCAUUUAUAUCCAAACUUCCCAAUGAAUACUUAACAGAGGUAGGGGAAAGAGGAGUGCAGUUGUCAGGAGGUCAGAAACAACGAAUAGCUAUUGCAAGGGCAAUGCUCAAGGAUCCACCAAUCCUCCUUCUGGAUGAAGCAACAAGUGCCCUUGAUUCAGAGUCAGAAAAGCUAGUUCAAGAUGCACUGGAUAAAGCUAUGAGUGGGAGGACUGUCAUAUUGAUAGCACACAGAAUGUCUACAGUUGUAAAUGCUGACACAAUUGUUGUCGUGGAGAAUGGAAAAGUAGCACAAACUGGAACACAUCAAGAGUUGCUUGGGAAAAGCACAUUCUACUCCAAUGUAUGCAGCAUGCAAAAUAUAGAGAAGGAAGCUGGAAAGAGGGUAGAAAGCUCUUCUGAUAAUGCAAUAGAAGAUGAAAUCGACGAAGUGUACGAUAGGCAGCUCUCUCCAAAGCAGGGAGAACAGACCAAAUUAGAACGACCAAACUCUAAGCAAUCAAAGCAAGAGGUCAGAAAGGAAAUACAUCCUUUCUUUAGACUUUGGUAUGGGCUGCAGAAAGACGACAUUGCAAAGAUACUAUUAGGGUCAUCAGCAGCAGCUAUAUCUGGAAUCUCAAAGCCCUUGUUCGGUUACUUCAUCAUGACAAUUGGUGUGGCAUAUUAUGAUCCAGAUGCAAAGAGAAAAGUCAGCAAAUAUUCUUUCAUUUUCUUCACAGCUGGGGUGAUCACACUUGCCAGUAACAUCUUUCAGCACUAUAUUUAUGGUGUUGUUGGAGAGAAGGCAAUGAAAAACCUAAGGGAGGCCAUCUUUUCAUCUGUUCUUCGAAAUGAACUUGGAUGGUUUGAAAAACCAAAAAAUGGUGUAGGCUUUCUUACCUCGCGCAUCGUGAGCGACACCUCAACAAUCAAGAUCAUCAUAUCUGAUAGAAUGGCUGUCAUUGUGCAAUGCAUCUCUUCAAUUCUUAUAGCAACAGUGGUGAGCAUGUACGUCAAUUGGAGGAUGGGUUUAGUAUCAUGGGCAGUCAUGCCAUGCCAUUUCAUUGGUGGCCUUAUUCAAGCCAAAGCAGCCAAAGGGUUCUAUGGUGACUCUGCUAUCGCUCACCAGGAACUUGUCUCCCUUGCUUCAGAGGCAGCUAGCAACAUCCGAACUGUGGCAUCCUUUGUUUAUGAAGAUGAAAUAAUUAAGAAAGCAGAAUUGUCGCUGCAAGAACCCAUGAGAGUGACCAAGAUUGAGAGCAUGAAGUAUGGUGUAAUCCAAGGAAUCUCACUCUGCCUGUGGAAUAUUGCACAUGCAGUGGCACUUUGGUACACCACAGUUCUGGUUCAGAGGAAGCAAGCUUCAUUUGAGAACAGCAUAAGAUCAUACCAGAUAUUCUCACUCACAGUACCUUCCAUAACAGAGUUAUGGACUCUGAUUCCUAUGGUCAUGUCAGCCAUUGCAAUAUUAAAUCCAGCAUUUGAAAUGCUUGACAGAGACACACAAAUUGUUCCAGACAAACCAGAGAGUCCCAGUAAUGGCUGGCUCAUGGGGAGAACUGAGUUUCAAGAUGUGAACUUCAACUAUCCAUCAAGACCAGAGGUGACCAUUCUUGAUGGCUUCAAUCUAGUCAUUGAGCCUGGCCAAAGAGUAGCAUUGGUUGGUCCAAGCGGUGCAGGCAAAUCCUCUGUCCUGGCACUACUGUUGAGAUUCUAUGAUCCUCAGAGAGGUAGAGUGCUAAUUGAUGACAAGAACAUAAAAGACUACAAUCUCAGAUGGCUCAGGAAGCAGAUUGGGCUAGUUCAACAAGAGCCAAUCUUGUUCAAUUCAUCCAUCAGAGACAACAUUAGCUAUGGAAGCGAAGAGACUUCAGAGACUGAAAUAAUUCAGGCUGCGAUGGAGGCAAACAUUCACGAGUUCAUCAGCAGCCUGCCAAAAGGAUAUGAUACAGUUGUUGGAGAAAAAGGAAGCCAGCUUUCAGGAGGGCAGAAGCAGCGGAUAGCUAUUGCAAGAACACUACUCAAACGGCCAGCCAUUCUUCUUCUUGAUGAAGCAACUAGUGCACUUGAUGGUGAAUCUGAGAGAGUGGUGAUGAGUUCUUUAGGGGCCAAGGAGUGGAAUAAAAGAAAUGAGGCAUCAAGCAAGAUUACAAGUAUCACAGUGGCACAUAGAUUGUCAACGGUCAUAAACGUGGACAUGAUUGUUGUGAUGGAGAAAGGAGAAGUGGUCGAACUUGGUAAUCACCAAACACUGAUCUCUGCAGAUGAUGGUGUAUACUCAAGAUUGUUCCACUUGCAAAGCAACAUGAGGGAUUGA